AUGAACUACUGUAGUGGAUUCUUCUGUCCCAUGAAAUGCACCAAGAGAAAUCUUCUUCUGGCUUUUGCUAUCUCUUUUACAGCAAUACAUUUGAUUUUCUUCUUUUAUACUUACAAUCGCUGUGCUUUACCAGCUAAAAGUAAAGUUCAGAGCAAUGAUGACAGAGGAAAAAAAKACGUCCUUUUUACCGAAAAAAGUGAUUAUCUUCACAUGGAAAGUGAAAAGAGUUUACCUAAAAAAAAUUUUACAAAUUUCAACCAAAUCUYAGGGAAACAAAAUGGAGAACUACCYCCYGAAAAUGAGAAAUUUCAGAAUAAAACCACAUCCACUUCAACACAGUCAUUUACAUUCAUUAUUAAUGAAGAAGAGAAGUGUAAAGACAAAACACCUUUCUUGGUAUUGCUGAUAGCAACAAGAGCAGCUGAAAUUCAGCACAGAAAUUCCAUCCGGAAGAGCUGGGGGAAUGAAGCUGCGGUUCCAGGCGCUGACAUCGUUCGCCUGUUCAUGCUCGGCGUCGAGACCAAGGGUGCCAACGAGGAUCUGCUGCUGAGAGAAAGUGAGCGCUACCACGAUAUYAUCCAGCAGGACUUCCUGGACACCUACAACAACCUAACUCUCAAAACCCUGAUGGGCAUGAGGUGGGUGGCCUCGUACUGCAGCGGCACAAGGUUUGCCAUGAAGACAGACACAGAUGUCUUUGUCAAUACAAUGCACCUGAUUGAAAAGCUCCUCAGGCCUCUCCCGUUUCCCACACGGAAUUAUUUCACAGGCUAUUUAAUGAAAGGGAACAGUCCUAUUCGGGAUAAAGACAGUAGAUGGUAGGUAUCAGAGGAAGAAUUCCCGGGUGAGGGAUACCACCCUUUUUGUUCAGGAACUGGCUACGUCUUUUCUGGAGACCUGGCUGCAAAAAUUGUCAGUGCUUCUUUAACGAUUAAAUACYUGCAUUUGGAAGAUGUUUAUGUAGGGCUUUGUCUGAAUGCAAAGGGARUAGAAAUAGUACCUCCACCUCAUGAUUCAUUGUUUAACAUACACAAGGUCCCAUUUUUUCCUUGUGUGUACAAUAAAAUAAUUACAUCUCAUCAAAUGCAGCCACAUGAGCACAUACUCUAUUGGAAAACACUGCAAGAGAAGAAACACAUGUGUUAG